AUGCAGGCUUUAUGGUACCUAGUAGUCGUGACUGCAUCGUAGAGCAGGCUCCUAUCAAAGUUUCGUCGACAUCGUGGAUCGUUUCCGAUCGCAAAACCCUAAACGCGCCGUAGUGAUUUCAGCGUAGUGACUACACGGCGUUUUUCUCACGUACCUUUCCUGUGGCAGUGCAGAAACGUGUUGGAGUGGUCGAAUCGACGAACGCCUUUUCCGAGAGCUUCCUACUAGUGCUCCUACGCUGAAGGGUUCAGCCCAACAUGUCUCUUUACGACGGCCUGGGCUUGGACUCAAAGGACAAAGGUCCGAGAGAUCAGAAAGCUGAUCUGGCGGGAUGGUCGUCUGGUAUAAAGCUCUUGCAGUCGCAGCUGCAGCUGAAAAAGGCUGCCAUGACACAACCCAGGGCAAACGUGGUCCGCAAGGGAAGCGCGAUCAUGGCUCCAGUAAUGGACCUCAAAUCUCGAAGGGACGACCCAGAUGACAUGCCACCUCCUCCAGCAAUCUUUGCCCAGGCCAGAGAUGGACCCAACACAGCCUCUUUGCUUGGUGGAGACUGGGACGUUCGAUUGGAAUAUGACCCCUUGUGGCCCAACGACUACGAGAAGUUGACCAAAGAACGCCGAGAGCAGAAAGAGAAGGAAGAUCGCAAGCACGACGAUAGGAAGCGGCGAGACAAGAGUGACCGUGACCGUGAUCGUGACCGUGAAAAGGACCGUCCGCCGGUUGAUGACGCCUCUCCCCCUCGACCUUCUAGAGCCGGUUUAACGGGGGCAGCAAUUGCACCACCGCCUUCACUUGUCCAAGACACAGGUGGCCGAGACGACCCUGGCAGCCCAAGACCGGGCAUUGGGUCUGGAUCGGUGGCUCAGCGCAUCAUGGCUCGCUAUGGCUACAAGGCGGGCCAGGGUCUGGGCAAGCAGGAGCAGGGCAUGAGCCAGGCAUUGCAGGUGGAGAAGACGAGCAAGCGGGGUGGUAAAAUCAUCCACGAGAAGGACAUUGCAAAAGAGCCCCUGCCCCCACCAGCGCCUCCUAUGCCUCCUCCAAUGAUGGGUCCUCCUCCUUCCGCCACUAGUCAGCAGCAGCAGCAGAAUGAAUCCAUCACCGACAUGAUGCGCAAUCCAUCCAAGGUGGUCCUCUUGAGGAAUAUGGUGGGACCCGGUGAGGUUGAUGAUGAUCUGGAGCCAGAGACGAAAGAGGAGUGCUCCAAGUAUGGAGAAGUGGUCCGGUGCCUCAUCUACGAAAUGCCAGGUGUUGCAGAUGAAGAUGCCGUGCGCAUCUUCAUCGAGUUCAAAAGCAUGGCAUCCGCCAUCAAAGCUGUCGUGGACACUAAUGGCCGUUACUUCGGUGGUCGUAUCGUCAAGGCAUCCUUUUAUGACCAUGACAAGUUCAAGCGUUUUGAGUUAGCCGACUGAAUCUUCACCUACGCAAUUGUGCU